AUGUCGUUGACCUCCGCGUACCAGCAUAAGUUAGCCGAGAAGCUCACUAUUCUAAAUGACCGAGGUCAGGGGGUUCUCAUCCGCGUGUACAACAUCAAGAAGACUUGUUCAGACCCCAAAUCCAAGCCACCUUUCUUAGUGGAAAAGGCCAUGGAAUCAUCUAUCAAGUACAUCAACAAGAAAUUUCCCAACAUGGAUGUUCGCAACAGCACGCAACAUUUAGGACCAGUACAUCGGGAAAAAGCUGAGAUAAUUAGAUUCCUUACCAAUUACUACCAAUCAUUUGUGGAUGUCAUGGAAUUUCGGGAUCAUGUAUAUGAACUUCUCAACACCAUUGAUGCCUGCCAGUGCCAUUUUGAUAUUAAUCUCAAUUUUGACUUCACUCGGAGUUACCUGGACUUGAUUGUUACUUACACCUCAGUUAUUUUACUUCUGUCACGGAUCGAGGAUCGACGGGUACUCAUUGGCAUGUACAACUGUGCCCAUGAGAUGCUGCAUGGGCAUAGUGACCCCAGUUUUGCACGGUUAGGUCAGAUGGUCUUGGAGUAUGACCACCCUCUGAAAAAGCUGACCGAGGAGUUUGGGCCUCACACAAAGGCUGUGAGCGGGGCUCUGCUCUCUCUGUACUUCCUCUUUGUCCGAAGGAACCAGGGGGCUGAGCAGUGGCGUAGUGCUCAGCUUCUAAGUGUCACCAGCAAUCCUCCAGCCAUGAUUAACCCUGCCAGUUCUGAAACAAUGGCCUGUGAGUAUUUGUCUGUGGAUGUGAUGGAGCGCUGGAUUAUCAUUGGGUUUCUUCUUUGCCAUGGUUGCCUCAACUCCAAUAGCCAGUGCCAGAAGCUGUGGAAGCUCUCUCUUCAAGGCUCCCUGUACAUCACACUCAUCCGAGAAGAUGUGCUGCAAGUGCACAAGGUCACAGAGGACCUGUUUAGCAGUUUGAAAGGGUAUGGCAAGCGAGUGGCAGACAUAAAAGAAAGCAAAGAAUACGUCAUUGCCAACAGUGGCCAGUUUCACUGUCAACGGCGGCAAUUCCUGCGGGUAGCAGCAAAGGAGCUGGAGAUGGUAUUAACAGAUGAACCAGGACUACUGGGGCCCAAGGCACUUUUUGCUUUCAUGGCCCUGUCUUUCAUUCGUGAUGAGGUCACCUGGCUGGUUCGCCAUGCAGAAAAUGUUACCAAGACAAAGACACCAGAGGACUAUGCUGACUCAAGCCUUGCAGAACUGCUCUUCUUGUUGGAGGAGAUCAGAGCUCUGGUCCGAAGACACAUCAAAGUGAUACAACACUAUCACUGCCAGUACUUGGCCAGAUUUGAUGCACUUGUGCUCAGUGACAUUAUACAGAAUUUGUCAGUGUGUCCCGAGGAGGAAUCCAUUAUCAUGUCCUCAUUCGUCAGCACUCUCUCCUCUCUGAAUCUCAAACAAGUUGAUACCGAAGAGAAAUUUGAAUUCUUGGGUUUGAGGCUGGAUUGGUUCCGCCUACAGGCAUAUACCAGUGUGGCAAAGGCCCCUCUGCACCUGCAUGAGAAUCCUGACUUAGCCAAGGUGAUGAACCUCAUUGUCUUUCAUUCUCAAAUGCUGGACUCAGUAGAGAAAAUGCUGGUGGAAACUUCUGACCUGUCUACCUUCUGCUUUCACCUCCGCACGUUUGAGAAGAUGUUUGCUAUGACACUGGAAGAACCUCCAAUGCUGCGCUUUGCCAUUGCCUUCCCCCUGAUUUGUGCACAUUUUGUUCACUGCACUCAUGAGAUGUGCCCAGAGGAAUACCCUCAUCUGAAAAACCAUGGCCUUCACCACUGCAACUCCUUCCUGGAAGAGUUGGCCAAACAAACCAGCAAUUGUGUCCUAGAAAUCUGUGCUGAACAGCGAAACCUGAGCGAGCAGCUUCUACCUAAGCAUUGUGCCACUACCAUCAGCAAGGCCAAGAACAAGAAGACUAUGAAGCAGAGGCAGGUUCCCAGAAAGGGAGAGCCUGAGCGGGAAAAGCCCGGAGCUGAGAGUCACCGGAAGAACCGCAGCAUUGUCACCACCAUGGACAAGCUCCACCUCAACUUGACAGAACUGGCACUGGCCAUGAAUCAUGUUCCCAGUUUUUCCGUGUUUGAACAUACUAUCUUCCCUUCUGAGUAUCUCAGCAGCCACCUGGAGGCCAGACUCAACAGAGCCAUUGUGUGGCUGGCUGGCUAUAAUGCCACCACCCAGGAGAUUGUAAGGCCUUCGGAGUUAUUGGCAGGAGUCAAAGCCUAUAUUGGGUUCGUACAGACUAUGGCCCAGUUCUUGGGUGCAGAUUCUUCCAGAGUCAUCCGCAAUGCCCUCCUGCAGCAGACACAGCCACUGGACUCAUCUGGGGAGCAAACGAUCACCACUCUCUACACAAAUUGGUACCUGGAAAGUCUGCUUAGGCAGGCGAGCAGUGGAGCCAUCAUCCUGUCUCCAGCCAUGCAGGCCUUCACCAGCCUCCCCAGAGAAGGGGAGCAGAACUUCAGUGCAGAGGAGUUCUCUGACAUCUCUGAGAUGCGGGCGUUGGCUGAACUCUUGGGACCCUAUGGAAUGAAGUUCCUGAGUGAAAACCUGAUGUGGCACGUGACCUCUCAGAUUGUGGAGCUGAAGAAACUGGUGAUGGAAAACAUGGAUGUACUUGUUCAGAUCAGAUCCAACUUCAGCAAGCCAGACUUGAUGGCUUCUUUGCUGCCCCAGCUAACGGGGGCUGAAAACGUUCUGAAGCGCAUGACCAUUAUUGGAGUGAUCCUCAGUUUUAGGAGCCUGGCCCAGGAGGGACUCCGGGAGGUUUUCUCCUCCCACUGCCCAUUCCUAAUGGGUCCCAUCGAGUGCCUGAAGGAGUUUGUCACUGCAGACACAGACAUCAAGGUGACUCUGAGUGUCUUUGAGCUGGCCUCUGCUGCAGGGGUGGGCUGUGACAUUGACCCAGCACUGGUGGCUGCCAUUGCCAAUCUGAAAACUGAUACGUCAUCCUCUGAAGAAGAAUAUAAGGUGGCCUGCCUGCUCUUGAUCUUCGUUGCAGUUUCCCUCCCGCUCCUUGCCUCAGAUCCCUCUUCCUUCUAUAGCAUUGAGAAGGAUGGUUACAACAAUAAUAUUCACUGCUUGACCAAAGCCAUCAUCCAGGUGUCUGCUGCCCUCUUCACACUUUACAACAAGAACAUUGAAACUCACCUCAAGGAAUUUCUGGUGGUGGCCUCUGUCAGCCUCCUGCAGCUGGGCCAGGAGACUGACAAGCUGAAAACCAGACACCGAGAAUCUAUUUCUCUACUCAUGCGCUUGGUGGUGGAGGAGUCAUCCUUCCUGACCUUGGACAUGUUGGAGUCCUGUUUCCCUUAUGUCCUGCUUCGAAAUGCCUAUAGAGAGGUUUCCCGGGCCUUCUACCUGAACCGGAUGUCUGCCAGUACACUCUGAGGGCCUCUGAGGAUCUCCUGAAACCCACGCCAGUGGAAGUGGUGGCCAUUUGUCAAGAGUCGGGGGUGGGGAUGGAGCUCCCCGGGGAGGCUCGGGAGCCGGAGCUGAUCAACAUGCAGGCAGAGGGACCGUCCACGGCUGACAAA